AUGAGAUUAUUAAAUAAUUUAUUAUUAGCUGCUGCUAUAGUAAAGACUGUUGUUGGUAAUUGUAAUCCUUUAUCAGCAUCCAACUGUGAUCCAGAUCCAGCUUUAGCUACUUCUUUUAUUGAAGAUUUUAAAGAAGAAUCAAAAUAUUUUGAUGUUUUACAAUCUAAAGGUUUAUCUUAUGAAGAUGAUGGUUUGAAAUUAAGUUUGAAAGAUAGAUUUGAUAACCCUUCAAUUAGAUCAAACUUCUAUAUCAUGUUCGGAAAAGUUGAAGUUGUUUUAAAAGCCGCCUCAGGUCAAGGUAUUGUUAGUUCAUUCUAUUUACAGAGUGAUGAUUUAGAUGAAAUUGAUAUCGAAUUAUUUGGUGGUGAUGAUACUCAAUUCCAAUCAAACUACUUUUCAAAAGGUGAUACCACAACUUACACUAGAGGUGGUUAUCAUAAUACUCCAGGGUCACCUAUCGAUAAUUACUUAACUUAUACAAUUGAUUGGUCAAAGGAUUCUUUGAGUUGGGCCGUUAAUGGUGAUGUUGUUAGAACAUUAUAUCCUAAUGAUCCUCAAGGUUAUCCUCAAACACCAAUGCAAAUCUUUGCUGGUAUCUGGGCUGGUGGUGAUUCAUCCAAUCCUGCUGGUACUAUCGAAUGGGCCGGAGGUGCUACUACUUAUGGUCCAACCUAUUCCAUGUACAUUAAAUCUUUAGUGGUUACUGAUUAUUCUACUGGUUCAAAAUAUGAAUAUUCUGAUAAAUCAGGCUCUUGGGAAUCCAUUGAUUCGAUUGAUGGUCAAAUUAAUGGAAGACAACAACAAGCCGACAAAGAUUUUAGUGCAUUGACCUCAGGUAAUGAAAUCAGUGAAGUUACUGUUUCCGGAAGUACUUCAAGCUCAAGUUCUUCAAGUUCUUCAAGUUCCGCUUCAAGCUCAAGCUCAUCCUCAAGCACUUCAAGUACUUCACCUUCAAGUACUUCAACUUCAACUUCAACUUCAAGCUCCUCCAGUUCAUCCUCAGCCAAAGCUUCUACAAGUUCAUCAGCAAAACCUACCACCUCAUCCUCAUCUACCUCAAGCCCAACUACCUCACAAAAAGUUACAUCAACAACUUCCACUGAAAUCGUUGAAACUACCACUGCUGAAACUUCAAAUACUCAAGCUGCUGCAGGUCCGAUCACUGUUAUUGGCUCAAGCACUGUUUGGUGGACUCCAACUCAAACUGUAUGGUGGACUCCUUCCCAAACUGGUUUAGCUCAAACUGGAGCUACCCAAGCCACCAACGCUGAUACUCAAGAAACCGCUGCAGCUACCAAUGCCCAAACACAAGGUGUUCCAACAACUAUUAGGACUUCUGUUUCAAGUACUUCCUCCAAUGUUGGUGCUUCAACUAGUGCUCCUGGAGUGAGUGGUUCUCUCGAUAGUGAAAACUCCGGUUCAAGAUUCUAUCCUGCAUUCUUGAUUGUUCUUCCAGCCAUUGCAUUUUUAAUUUAA